UUUCGGUUAUAACAAAUCGCCAAUGUUUUCAAUUAAACUGAGAGAGUGAGGGUGACUAACUGCUGCCGAAGAAGAAAUAUUCAAACCCUUAAAAACAAAACGUUGGCGUGAACAAGGAAGAGAACGAUCAGUGUAAACUGCUGGAUAUCGUUUGAAAACUCCAUAUAAUACUACAAAUGAAACGAACCUAACAUGACUGACUGUCUAGCUUGAAUGCGGAUUUUUGUUCCCGAUCGUGGUCACCACUACCUACUGUCGUCCGCUUCCAAAGCGAAGCGCAGUUCAUCUCGAACGAGCCUAUUUUCACUGCCGGAAACUUCACAGUGUGACACCUGCGGAAAGCUGCCUCAGCAACAUGCUUGUAAGGAGGAGGAAGCUCUGGCUGACCAGCAGCUCUGUGACCAGGAGAGGAACUCCAGUCUGGACCAAGAGGACCCAGAGCCUCCAGAGAUUAAAGAGGAACAGGAGGAACUCUGUAGCAUUCAGGAGGGAGAGCAGCUUGGACUGAAGCAGGAGACUAAUCCUUUUAUGUUGACUGCUACUUAUGAGGACAGUGACCACAGUGAACCAGAACCAGACAGUGACCAGCAGCUCCUCUUUCACAGCUCUCCUGUAGCUGAGAGCCAGGAUCAGAGAGGAAACCAGCAUGUAGACUCAGGAUCAACCAGUCACAGUAGCAAUGUGGACAACUCUCCCAUGUCACAGACUGAGUCUGAUCCUACCACAGCGACCUGUUCCCUGUGUCCCUUUGUCCCUCCAGAGCUGCCUCAGCAACAUGUUUGUAAGGAGGAGGAAGCUCUGGCUGACCAGCAGCUCUGUGACCAGGAGAGGAACUCCAGUCUGGACCAAGAGGACCCAGAGCCUCCAGAGAUUAAAGAGGAACAGGGGGAACUCUGUAGCAUUCAGGAGGGAGAGCAGCUUGGACUGAAGCAGGAGACUGAUCCCUUUAUGUUGACUCCUACUUAUGAGGACAGUGACCAUAGUGAACCAGAACCAGACAGUGACCAGCAGCUCCUCUCUCACAGCUCUCCUGUAGCUGAGAGCCAGGAUCAGAGAGGAAACCAGCAUGUAGACUCAGGAUCAACCAGUCACAGUAGAAAUGUGGACAACUCUCCUAUGUCACAGACUGACUCUGAUCCUACCACAGGUAACAAGUCCCUCAAAUGUGACACUUGUGGGAAAGAAUUUAAGUGGAAGUCGAAAUUGAACCAACAUUUGAGAAUCCACACAGGUGAGAAGCCGUAUUCCUGUGAAACAUGUGGGAAGAGUUUUGGUCGUAGUAGUGCCUUAAUUAUCCAUAAGAGAAUCCACACAGGUGAGAAGCUGCAUCUUUGCAACACCUGUGGGAAAGGAUUCAGGCAGAGGUCAGAAUUGACUACCCAUUUAAGAAUCCACACGGGUGAAAGACCGUUUUCCUGCAACACCUGUGGGAAAGGAUUCAGGCAUACCUCACAUUUGACUAGUCAUUUAAGAGUCCACACAGAUGAGAGACCAUUUGUUUGUAACACCUGUGGGAAAGGAUUUAGGCAUAGCUCAGUUUUGACUAGUCAUUCAAGAAGCCACACAGGUGAAAAGCCAUAUGUUUGUAUAACAUGUGGGAAGAGUUUCAGUCGUUGUAAUACCUUGUCGCGCCAUAUGAGAAUCCACACAGGUGAGAAGCCGUAUGUUUGCAGCACCUGUGGGAAGGGAUUCAGCUGGGGCUCACGAUUGACUGCUCAUUUAAGAAUCCACACAGGUGAGAAGCCGUAUGUUUGCAACACCUGUGGAAAGACUUUCACACAUAGAAGUAUAUUACACCAUCACAUGACAGUUCACACAGGUGAGAAACCAUAUGUUUGCAACACUUGUGGAAAAAGUUUCAGGCAAAGAGAUAACUUGCACAAGCACAUGAACAUCCACACAGGUGAGAAGCCAUAUUUCUGUCAAACAUGUGGGAAAGCAUUCAGACAGAGCUCAACCUUGACUGCUCAUUUACGAAUCCACACAGGUGAAAGGCCGUUUCCUUGCAGCAUUUGUGGAAAAGGUUUCACGAAGAACAGGGCCUUGCAGGUCCACAUGAAGGUGCACACAGGUGAGAAGUAGCAUAGCAACAGUUUGAGAUUUUCCCAGUAUGAUAACUGUCCUAGAAAAUAUAGUGUUUUCACGGUAUUAUCGUAUAACAUAUUACACCUUUACUAUUAUCAGAGUAAUUGAAACAGAAGGGUUUUUAAAAUAAAUUGCAAACAGGGUCAGAAGUUAACACCCACCAGGAUUCAAAAGCUGGUAGAUUUUCCAUUUGGUGAGUAAAUCUCAGAAGACCACCUGCCACACUGGUGGGUAAAUGUUUGUAGCAAAAUAGUCAUGGACUAAAACUGUAUCCUGCCCUGCUUCUGUCUGUGUCCGAGUCUGACAUGCACACCCGUGUCUGUGAAGACCUGCUCCUGCUCUGCCUCUGGUUGACUUUAUAGUUUGCAUGUUAGCAUCAGUAGUGGAGGAAAUAUUCAGAUCCUUUAUUUAAAGCUACUGAAUGCAACUUGUUCAAAUAUUUUUUUGCUGUAGAAAUCUGCUCUGAAACUUGUCCUGAUGUAGAGAGGUGCUGUUGAAGCCUGUCUACACACAAUUUUUAAGAUAGUCUAGU